AAUCUUCCAAAUGACUAAGUCUUUCAUCACCACUCCCUUUCCUGACUGUCUCGGAUGCCGAACUCGGAUACCCGGAAAUUUGAAAUUAACUACUUAGGUGGCUGAUUCCGUACCAUCUGCUUCUCGCGAGAUUCGCUGCUUCCAAAAGCCAAAGGGAGAGAGCACUCCAGUGUGGAGACCCCAAAGUUAGAAGAGUGGAGAACGCUCUUCUCUAUCUCUACGCCGUCCCAGGCGCUAUACACCUCCACCCUCUCACAUCAAUCUUUCACAGAAACCGUUCAUACUGUCAUCGCAUUUGUGAGAUAAACCGGGAGCCGCAUUUCAUUUCAUCCGAAGUCUAGCAAUGAUCGUCAGAGGAAGUGCCAUUCGGGACCAAAUAGUUCGAUUUUGGACCCAAAUGUCAUCUCUUACGGUAUAUUUCCCCAUCCCCCAGGUUUCCUCCAACUUUUGAAUGCCAUUUUCUCAUUGAUACCCACUUCUUCACAAUGGUAGCCGAAACCCCAGAAACAGUUGCAGCACCCCCCAUCAACGGCGUCAUUAGGGCCGGACAUCCUAACGGAAACGCAUUCGCCGCCUAUCCAAAUGACCCCAAUGCCUGCUCACCCAAUGGCAAGGGCCCCGUCCAAGGCGUACCCGGAGGCUCCUCCCACCGGGACUACGGUGGAAACCCCCUCGCUCACGCCAACACGGGCGAGAGUGCUCGCUUUGGCCCUUUCGCAAAGUACCUGCAACCGGGUCUCUACAAACCGCCUAAGAGCGACAUCACCAACCCAGAUCCUCCCGGCUUAAUAAGAUUCACAUUCACCACAUUCCUCCUGUCUCUCAUUAGCUUUUCAACCCACGGUGUGACGACCCCAAACAUCGUCGUUGGUCCAGCUACUUGCUGGCAUGUGGGAAAUGGCAGCACAUCGCACAAACUCACAAUGUUAGAUGAUCUUCUAGGCGAACAAGGACUGGAAUUCGUGGGAAUGUGUAAAACGACACCCCCCCGGGUGUCGAUUGGGGUGUCGAUUAGGGGGCAGUGUAUUUUGGGACCUUAAGUUAGAUUUUCAAAUUUAAGUAUAAGCUAGUAUAAUAUAAGGCUUAUAAUAAAAUUAGG